AUGCCAUCGUCAUCAUCAUCAUCCAUUGACCCAGCAAUCCUCCGCGCUUUAGCUCUGGAUGCAUCUUCCAAAAUCUCCACACAUGGCGGAUCAGGCUUUGCAUCGACGUUCCGCAUCACGACGCCAUCAACUUCAGUAUUCAUAAAGACCUCGAGCUCGUCUGGUGCGGCGGUCAUGUUCCAGGGCGAACACGCGUCCCUCAACGCCAUCCACGAUGCUGUACCGAGUCUCUGUCCCAAGUCCUUUGCCUGGGGCCAGCUAGACAAAGGUGGGUACUUCCUCGCCACGGAGUUUCUGGACCUCAGUGGCCGGGGAGGCGCCGGCUCCAGAAACAAAGGAGGUUCCGGAAUGAGUCUCGCACAGAAACUGGCCAAGUUGCAUUCGACGCCCGCGCCCGUGCCGGACGGGUAUGAAAGUCCUCAGUUUGGAUUCCCCGUGCAGACCUGCUGUGGCGACACCCCACAGAGCAAUACGUACACAUCUUCGUGGGCGGAUUUCUUUACAAAGCACCGACUUUUGGCGAUUUUGAAGCGGGGAGAGAAGAAUAACGGCCCGGAUCACGAGCUGCGGAGGGUGGUGGAGAGGACGGUCAGCGAAGUGGUGCCGAAACUCCUCGCAGAUGGUCAUCUGGGUGGCAAAGACGGGAUCAAGCCCGUCGUUGUCCAUGGCGACCUCUGGUCAGGCAACAAGAGUAAAGGCUGCUUUGUGGGGAGGGAUCAGACAAAUCCUGAGGAGGUCGGCGCCGUGGAAGACGUGGUGUUUGACCCUUCAGCCUGCAACGCCCACUCGGAAUAUGACCUUGGGAUCAUGAACAUGUUCGGUGGGUUUGGGUCUUCCUUCUUCAAGGAGUACCAUGCCAUUCUGCCUAAGACGGAGCCGGAGAAUGAAUAUGCAGAUAGAGUGGCGCUCUAUGAGAGCUACCAUCACCUCAAUCACUGGGCUAUCUUCGGUGGUGGCUAUAAAUCCGGGGCUAUGGGUAUUUUGAAGUCCUUGUUGAAGAAAUAUGGUGACAAGUGA